CUGUGAUGAACGGUGUGGACUUCCGGUCCCGUCACAACGACUACAUGCUGCGUUCCCCGAGCAGAACCUCCACGGACUACAAGGCCAUGGAUGACAUAGAGUACCCGGCCGUGCCGCCAGAGGUGUUGGAGAAGGAUGGGCUGGACGACCAGGUGCUGGAGAUGAGGAAGUGGUUCAAGGCCUGGGCAGACCAGGACGAUAGCGAGAGGGACUACAAGAAAUACUUCAAGCCCCUGCUGUGCUACCUGGAGGGCGCGUGGACAGAGACAGACUUCGGCGUGGUGGAGGAGCCCUUUGAGAGUGACCGACAUCACGUCAGUGCCUCCAACUGGUACGAUCUGCAG